AUGACCCUGAGGCGAUAUCUGCUGAGGUUGCUUGACAUCUCUCUGCAGGCGGCAGGCCAAUUCUCGGAGCCGGACAGACGAUUAAUGCCGCUACACUCGGAUAAGAAUCUCGUCGCCGCUAAGCUAGAGGCCGAGGAGACCGGCAAAGCAGAACCGGGGCGGCGGAGAGGGUCGGUAAGGUACUGUCAGUGUCUACUUUUAGUGCGCCGUAUCUGCGGCGACGGAGCACCGCCUCCUCCUGGGCAACGAUUCCAUCGUGCACAACAUGCUUCGGUGGAUGGCUUUGACUCUGGCCCGCUUCAGGGUCGACGCUUGCUCAUGACAUCUGGUGCCUACCCAUCAGAUCGUGUUUUCUCUGUCUCGGUUCGUGAAGCGAGCGGCUGCAUUUGCCGUCACUACUUACGCGUGAGCAAGAUGGCAUCGACUUAUACGAGAAAUAUCGUGGAUAAGCUCUCGUACCAAGCUCUCGUACCGAAGGAAAUGUCCGAAAGGAAUCUGGAGCUGCCCAGGAUGUGGACACGACGAGACAGGGCCGAUGGCGAAAGCGAGCUGCAAGCACUUUACGGAGCCUGUCUUCUCCACGGAUCUGAGCCCCCGCGACGCGAGCAGGGUAACGCCAAUCUCGUGGCGCAAGACACUGAAGAUGGCGGCAGCUGGUCUCGCAUUCCUGGUCUCCUUGCUAAUCGGCGUACAGUCUACAGAGCAUGUGUACUCCUUACGGAUGAUACAGAAUACUCUGGCAAAAAUGUGGAAUGCAUCAAUGAUGACUGGGCCGGUUUCAUGGAGACGCGCCAGUGGGAGUGGGCGGCGCGCCUGCCGCCGGAUGUUGAUGGGGCCCGCGAUCCCGAAGCUUCCGUCGACGGUCCAAGGCGCGAACGCGACUACGACCGCGGAUGCACAGAUGGCGUCCCGGGAUUGGCAUCGUUACGUUCGUCUGAUAUCGAUAUCGGCUUUCUCACCAGACGAACAGAGCGUUGA